GUCCCAGAAGGCACCGGGCCAUUCACAAAGUGCAGCGCUUCUCGCGCAUGUGCAGUCAGCAGUCUCUGGUCAUCCCCUGCACUGUCUGCAGUCUGGUCAUCCCCUGCACUGUCUGCAGUCUCUGGUCAUCCCCUGCACUGUCUGCAGUCUCUGGUCAUCCCCUGUACUGUCUGCAGUCUCUGGUCAUCCCCUGUACUGUCUACAGUCUCUGGUCAUCCCCUGCACUGUGUCCGCAGUCUCUGGUCAUCCCCUGCACUGUGUCCGCAGUCUCUGGUCAUCCCCUG